AUGGCGCCGAAAAAGAUCAAGAACAAGAUCAAGAAGGCGCUCUCUCCUCCGCAUUCAACAUCUCCUCCCGAGCCAACUGCCGACGACGACGCUCUAAUGGAUGACCUCAUGGCCCAACUUGACUCCAAAAACGGCACCGUCCGUCAAGAGUCUGCCACAGUGCUGCAAGAAAUGCAGAUAAACCAAGUCGCUGAGAGCGCGGAAGAUGCUGCGAAGAAAGACAGCAAAGCGCGCUUCAAAGCUCGCCAGGCUAGGAAAGCUGCUGCUCUCGUGGACAGCUACGCCCCGAACGACACGGAGGCGGACGCCCGCAUCCAACGCGAAACCAAGGAAGAGGAGGCGAGCAUCAAACAGACUUGCGAAGAACUGGGCCUCACGAUGUUCGAGAUCACUCCGGACGGACAUUGUCUCUUUUCUGCUGUGGCGGAUCAACUGUCCCUUCUUGGAAUCCUCCCGUCCGGACAAGCGAAUUACGCCGCGACUCGAAUGUCUGCUGCAAGCUAUAUCCACAGCCAUCCCGAUGAUUUCUUGCCUUUCCUCCCCUCAGAAGCUGGCGAGGAUGCUGCGGGCGCGACCGACUCCGGCCUGAUGACCCGAGCCCAGUUCGAGGGUUACUGCACUAGGAUGCGAGACACCGCCAUCUGGGGCGGGGAACCAGAGAUCCAAGCUCUCAGUCGCGUAUACAAUGUUCCCAUACACGUCGUACAGGGUGGUCAGCCUCCGGUGGUCGUUCAUGAGCCUGUUGGGUCUGUUUUACCGCCGGGUGACAAACGGGUCUACAUCAGUUAUCAUCGAAGACUAUAUGGUCUGGGGGAGCACUACAAUUCACUCAGGCCUAAAACAGUGCUGAACACCAUCAAGGCUGCCUUUCAUUGA